CGCCAUCAUGAAAUCAAAAACAAGAAGCUGACAGAUGAGACGCAGUUACCAGGUUCAUGACAAGGACAAACUGAUAGACAGACUGAGGCAGCGCAGAUAUGAGUGACGUGGCGGAGGAAGCGAUGGACAGCUCUGCAGUGUCAGAGGAAGAAGUGGAGGACCAGCAGGAGACGUCGCAGGGAGACCAGUCGAGUCCGAACAAAAGCCGCAGUAAGAUACCAGUGGUGGGUGAAAUCAUUGAGGGCAAGCGGACAAAGAAGACAGUGGAGAGGCUCGAUUUCCAGGCACCCAAGCAAAUGGAGAAGCUCAAGAUUGGAGAUGGUAGCGGAGAUAAAUUAGGAGACAUUGCACGCACCAACUUCCAGAUCACGAAGAUGAAGCCAGCUGACCUGAAACCUCUGCACGCCAUCCUGUUCGACAGACCAGGAAAGAUGGCCACAAUAAAGAAGAACUUGCGGCUGUUUAAUGGCUUUCCCUUCGACGCAGACAGUGAACAGUACUCCAAAAAACGAGAAAAACUUCUCAAGAAUUCAAAUUUUACCAACACAAAACUCAAAGUUGUCUGUGGUGUUUUGGAUCUGGAGAAGAAAGGAACGCACACAGAUCUGGUCGACAGGAUCCUGAGUUUCCUCAUCGCACCAAAGAACAGCGGGAAGCGUGUACCCGUGAAGAAGAAGAGGAAAUCAAAGAAGAAACUGUCCGGCGACGACUCGAAGGCAAAGACCAAGCAGAAGAGCAAGUCCAAACCCAGGAGCUCAUCGUCGAGUCCCAAAAAGUCCAAAACAGGAAGCAAGUCAAACGCCAUCGUCAUGGACUCGAGCAGCGACGAGGAUGAUGAUGAGGAAGACGAGAAGGCGGGGGCUCCAGCUGAAGCUGAGGGAUCCGAUACAGAGGGGAAACCGUCAGAGAAGGAGGAGGACCAGUCUGACAAGUCGGAGCAGUCUGCAGACGAAGAAGAAGAAGAGGAGGAGGAGGAGGAGGAGGAAGAAGAAGAUGAGGAUAAAGAGGAUGACGAUGAUGAUGAUCAGUAUCCGAAAUCAAAGUCGAGCAGAGGGAAGGCUGCGUCCAAGAAAUCGGCACCAGUCAAAAGACAAAGGACACCAGCGAAGAAGACGGGUCCUCCUAAAAAGAGAGCGAAGAAGGACGUUUCAGAAGAGUCAGAGUCUGACGUCAACAGUGAAGCUGACGAGAAGCCCAAAAAGAAGAAAUCCGCUCCCACCAAACCGGCCGCCAAAACAAAGAAGGCCGACAGUAGCAGCAACAGCAAAAACAAUACAAACACAGCAGAGGACAGUUCAGACGACGAGCCGCUCAUCAAGAUGAUAAAGAAGGCGCCGACCGACGAACAGCUGAAGGAGACGGUCCAGAGUCUGCUGAAGGAGGCCAACUUAGAGGAGAUGACCAUGAAACAGAUCUGCCGGAGGGUGUUUGACACCUUCCCAGACCACGACCUGACCGGCAGGAAGGACUACAUCAAAGAGACAGUCAAAUCUCUCAUCACAUGAAGAUCUGAAGAGCAAAGUCGACAUGAACAUGAAUCGCUGCAACUUCACAAGGGAAAAACUUCAGCUGACGUGACUGAAAAGCUCCUUUUUCAUUAGUUUCAUAUCAUGUUUGUUUUCAUACAAAGCUAUUUUAUACAUGAUAGUUUUUUAUAUUAAUGUGACUUGUGUAUAGGUGUUCAGAUUAACUCAAAAGUCUUCAUCAUCAUGAACUUUUUUUUUUUUUUUUUUAUCGCUCUCUGGCACAUCCUGUGCCUCCGGCUGAGUCCAAAGCAAAGCGUCGUUUCUUAUACGUAAACUGAUUAAAAGCAAAAACUAACAUGUAGUUUUCCUGUGUGUUUAGUCUGGAAGUUGAAUUUUAGUCAUGUUUGGAGAAGAAAGAAGAAACGAGUGGAAAUUGUCUUUAUCAGUAAAUCAGAAUCCAAACUGCUUAGCUUGGAUCGUCACUGCAGGCUCAGCUUUAUUGAUUCAUUCUGCUGCUUUACUUCAUGCUGUUGGUCUUAAUUUGAAAACUCUCAAAGAAAAUGUUGUGUUCCAGUAAACAAACUGCAGCCAAACACAAAUCUGAUCUUUGCUUUCGACUCACAGGACUUCUCAUUUUUAUUUCUGGAUCCAGAUCUGUACAUAUGUUUCUAAUUAGCUGAAGCUAUUUUUGAUUAACGCACAUUUUAACUCAUUUUGUCAAAUCUGAAAACAGGUUUUGUUUUUUUUGUUUUUUUUUCCUGGAGUUCUGUUUUGUUCUGUCAAACAUUAAUGUACAAUUCAAAAUUCUCACAUUAACUGUGCAGGUUAAUUUACCUUCCGAUUAAAAUUGUACCUUUUUGAACAAAA